GCCACCCGUCGGGGGCCUCGCGAUCGACACCGGAUGCGGAAAUGCUAUAUCGCUCUAUUCCAAAAAUGGCGACUGGGUGCUUCCAGAAACUCAUCACAUAGGUGUCUAUUUGUCUGUUUUGGAACGCAUACAUACAGGUGAUAUUCGACUAACGUUUGAGCUCAGAGCUCUAUAUUCAUAGAGACGUGGCCGAGGUACAUGUCUAUUGUGGGUCUGCGUGUGGCUGGUCUGUGUAUCAUCUGGAUGAACAUCAUACACUUAGUUACCUCUCAGCGUGAAGCCUCGCCCACCCUCAAACGCCUUCAGGAAGAAUGCUCACCACCCGGUAGCUCAAAAUGUCCAGUCAAAGUCUCAAAAACGGAGCUCAAAGAGAGGCUGACGCCCACUCAAUACCGAGUCACCCAGCAACGCGGGACGGAAAGAGCGUUCUCGGGAAAGUACUAUAAACACAGCGAUGAGGGGCUUUAUCACUGUGUUGUAUGUGGGAACCCGCUAUUCGACUCCGACACCAAGUUCGACUCCAAGUCAGGAUGGCCCUCUUUCUCUGAUGUCUCCAAGAGUGACAGCGUGAAAUUGAUGACAGACAUGUCACAAGGUCAGCGGCGGAUCGAGGCUAUGUGUAGCAAGUGUGGUGCUCACCUGGGGCAUGUGUUCGACGACGGACCAAAACCAAUGUGUGUCCGUUACUGUGUAAACUCGGCCUCCCUGGACUUCAAAAAACACACAACUGUUUGACCCACGUGGUCCAAAUGUCUGACCACUGUAUGCUCCAACAAUCUCACAUGUUUUCUUCAGGGAUGUAAUGUCACUUCAUUGAAUGUCCAUUUCAGAAUGGUUCAGUUGAAUUGAAAAAGAAGCAAAUUUCAGUAUUUGUAUAAAGUACUAGAUUUCUGGGGAGUACUUUACAUUGAAGAUUUGGUUUUGUUUCAUCACCUAUAGUUUAAGUGCAGUGUCCAAAUUGUCAUUCGGCCAAUUUAUUAAACUAUGAGCACACCUAGUCAGUUUCAGUGUCCUUGAGAAAAUCUUUAAAGUUUGAAUUGUGUAAUGAAAUUUCAAUUUCAGAAAAAUGAUAAAUACUAAUGUAAUUAGUGCUAUUGUUUAAACAUUUCUUUAGUUAAUGUGAGUGUUCAGCGUUAAAAUCCCCUGGUGUAUUGCAGAGGUGAUGUUUUGUCCUAAGGAUACAAAUAUGGCUUUAAAUUAUUUAUGUGAUUUCAUGUCCAAUUUAAAAGUAUAGUAAUGAGGAGUGUAAAAAUUAUGCAAUAAUGGCACAGAUGUCUGUGUGUAGCAUUACAGUUGUUUAAUGUCCAGACAGCUGUAUGUCUAAUGGAUCUGGUACUGUGGCAAUGAUGAUAAAGUAAACAGUUGACAAUUAUAUAUCUACUAUAAAGAAUUUUAGAUAUGGUUACUUAUAUAAAACAGAUGGCCACUUAAAAUGGGUUGAGAAGAAUAAAUUUAUGAUAUGUGAUUUUAAAUGUGAUUUCUAAACACAGCUGGUACGAAAGUGGUCUCUGUAUGGACCUGUAUGUAUGUAAAGGUCGACCAUCAAUUAGGGAUCUGUUACGUAUUUAACGGAUAGAACUGCUCACUGUUACGUAUUAAAUGGAUAGAACUGCUCACUGUAAAUGUAAUGGUUUUUAGGUUGAUCACCUCGUGGAUACAGUAGAUGGAGGAUGUAUUAAGGACUUGUGAUAAGGGAGAGGUCAACUGUGUUACAGUGUAACAAUGGGUGCUAAGUUGUACUGUAUGUACAGUGUAAGUAGUGUAGAGGUAUUGUAGUAAUUACUGUCAUUGUGGACUUCAAAAACUUAAUUUGUUGUCAUUAAUUAAAAAAAUAUUAGUUACAUUGUAAUAAAGUAAAGUUAAUUAGUUGCCAUUAAUUGAAAAUAUUAGUUACAUUGCAAUUAAAGUAAAGUUAAUUUGUUGCCAUAGAUUAAAGAUAUUAGUUAAAUUGUAAUUAAAGGGGCAUUCCUUCAUUUGAAUAAAGUUUUGGUCGAACAAACUAAACUUACUGGCAAAUACGUAUUUUUUCCAAAUAUUAAAAGUUAUAAUCUUUACAUUAAUAAGGCAGUUUUACUCUCAAGAUAAACCAAUAGAAAUUGUGAAUCUUUCUGAUGUGCAAACGAAGGUAUCCCCCUUUAAUAUUUUAGUAACAAUGUGAUUAUAUAUUAGUUAUAAUGUAAUUAAUACAUUAGUUACAUUGUUAUUAGUGUAUUAUUAACAAUGUAAUACAAUAAUGUAAAUAUUUUAAUGUAAUAUGUGUUACUGCAUUAGUUACAAUGUAAUUUAAUAUGUUAGUUACAGUAGUUACAUUGUAAUUAUUGUAUUUGUUACGAUGUAAUUAUUACUUACAAUUAAUCAGAUAUAUAAGAUGGAUGUAUUUAGUAGUUACAAUGUAAUCAAUACAUCUGUUACAUUUGUGUUACAAUGUAAUCAUUGUAUUGAUGUUGUAUUGAUGUGAAGUUAGUGAGUAGUUAAUGAAAUGAGAUGUGUAAUGAGUGAUAUUGCUCUGACUGAUGCCACAUCACUAACACUGUAAUGUACCUGUGUAUACAGUUUAAACUGUACAGAUCUGUAGUACGGCUUUAUUGACAGAGUUUAGUUUACAAAUCUGUGUUACAACUCUAUUGACAGAUUGUAGUUUAAACUACAGAUCUGUAGUACAACUCUAUUGACAGAUUUUAGAUUAAACGACAGAUCUGUAGUACAACUCUAUUGACAGAUUUUAGUUUAAACGACAGAUCUGUGUUACAACUCUAUUGACAGAUUUUAGUUUAAACGACAGAUCUGUGUUACAACUCUAUUGACAGAUUUUAGAUUAAACGACAGAUCUGUAGUACAACUCUAUUGACAGAUUUUAGUUUAAACGACAGAUCUGUAGUACAAGUCUAUUGACAGAUUUUAGUUUAAACUACAGAUCUGUAGUACAAGUCUAUUGACAGAUUUUACUUUAAACGACAGAUCUGUAGUACAACUAUAUUGACAGAUUUUACUUUAAACGACAGAUUUGUAGUACAACUCUAUUGACGGAUUCUCCAGUGUUAUAAGAAUAUAUUUAUUCAGAAUUCAGUUUAUGAAUAAGUGAUAAAAGAUAUUUUUAUAUUUGAAUUUUUCACUCUUGAAAUCCAAAUUGAUAAGAUAGGGUAUACACUUUUUUUUUUUUUUUUUUUUCCAUGUCUUCAACAUCUGAAUAUUUUGCAUGGUGGUAUCAUUUAGAUUAUGUUGUUUAAAUCAUUAAUUAAUCAUUGAUUAUUUCAUUUGUAUAUUUUUUUCUCUUUUACUGUAAAAAAAUGGGAGAAUUCUUUAAAACCCGAUGUCUCAUUAAAAUUUGUGCCAUACACGAUAUCUUUAUAUACCGUUAUGUAUAAGGUUUGUGAUUCUAUGUUGAUAAUACAAGGUUUCAGCCUUAAUAAUGAUUAUUUUCCUACAUAGGCAGUGGUCCGUGAUUUACGUGUGGUGUUCUCUCAAUUCUCUUUAUGCAAGUGUUAGAAACGACACAUGUACUUACUAUCAAAGAUUUCUUGUAAUGAUAAUAAAGACAUCUUUAAUUAUAAAAGCACAUCAUGUCAUAAUUAAUCAUGGGAUUCUGCACAAAGAAAUGAGGAUUACUUUGAUAAUUUCACUCUACCUGGAGUGAACCUUUGUGUUAGGGAGUGCAACUCCAAACUAUCACAAGCCAUCAAAUAUGAGGUGUCUCAUCGAACAUUUCUCAAGACUUUUCACUGUCUGAUUUCAACAUCUUCAAACUAAAUUUUAUUUUUAAAACAUGUUUUUUGCUAUCUUACUUUACAAUAAACUUAAAGUAGAUCUCCAACACAGAUAUAUGGGGAGAAAUCUUGUGUCAUAGGAAACUUCAGAUAAAUAUCAUUUUCUGUAUUUUUAACUUUCAUUAUAUGUAUUUUCUGACGUUUGGAUCUUUACUAUUUUUACAAAGACUUUGCCUAUAAUCUUGCAUGUGCAAUAGAAAAGAGAGAAAUUUAUUUUUUUAUUAUUGAUUAUGACAUACUAGUUAUCUUCGUAAAAUGUGCAAUAAUUAGGGUUACAAAUUAGUUUUAGAAUGACGAUAAGUAUGCUAUAUUUAGAACAAGGAAUAGAGAUGUUGUCUGUUUUACUUAUAGCAGUUAUGAUUGUUUAUAAAAACGAUUUGGAUUUAUCUUAAAAAUUGUUUUGAUAGUUUUAUGAUUUGUUUUCCCAGGUGCCGUACUUCAUUCGAAUAGAAAAUAUAGAAUUAAAUUUUUUUAAAUUAAAUAAUUAAAUUUAAUAGAAAAUAUAUGUUUAAGAAUAUUUUAUCGUUUCAUAUCUUUUUCCUGAACUUUUUAAUAAUAUUUUUUAAUUCAUAAUGUAUAGAAAACUAAAAUUCUGCUGAUUUUAUAAAACACUUUUCUAUGGAAUUAUACAUUGUGUUAAAUUUGUCUUUAAAGUGGCAGGUCUUAUUGUCUCUAUACAUGUAUACUAGAUAAUACCUCCCACACAGUUUUUUACAUAAAAUCAUUUUAAAUCUGAUUGGACAUCUGAUCUGACUGUGCUGCCACCUUGAGGCUGUCGGUGAAUUCAUGUGGGUUUAUCUUUGUGAUUUGCCCGAAAUACUGGCGAGAAAUAACCAACAUACUGAUGCAUGUUGAGAUGUAGAUCUAAUGAUGAGUGUGCCUUUUAUUCACAUCAGCAUUUGUAUUAUGAUCAUCAUUGUACUUCCUUAUAGCUUGUAGUACUAGUGGUAUUUAUGUAGAAUCAUAAUUCCCUUUCAAAACCUUAUAAAAAUUGAUGAUAAAAGAAAGCUGGGCAUUUUCAGUGGCAUGUGGAUGAUUGUUCACAGAAUAUUUCCGUACUUUUUUUUAAAUACACUUUCAAAUGUAAAGAAAUUCAAUUCAUGUUUGUAUUUUUUGUUUUUCUCAAUUUUACAAGGGGAAUAACUCUUGUCCCCUUUUAGACUAGUCGUAACUUUUAGCUAUAUGUCUUCAGUAUAGUUAGUUAGUUAUAUAUAUGUAUAUACUAUUAUAUUAAACCUCCACCUCUUUAUGCACCGUUUGAUAAUUGCCUCUCGAUCUCGCUUGCUUUUGAUCAAGGAUAUAUGUAUAUAUACUCACUACUGUGAAAAUGGGAAUUUUUUGUUGAUGAACGUGUUCAAAAUCUGAUUCAGACUGGUAAUUUUUAACUUUCGUGCUGAUAAUACAACACAUAAUAAAUUGUAUGUCAAUAUGCAUGAAUGUUUUAAUUAUUACAAGUCAGCAGAUUGAAAUAUUUUCUUCCUAACGCAAAAAGUUUCUAUAGUUACAAUAGCAAGUUUUAUUUCUAUUUUUUGUUUUUUUCUUCGUUUUUUGUGGAAAUAUUUCUAUUUUUUUGUUUUUGUUUUCUCACUGUUUGUUGUGGACAUAUUGUACAUAUCAUAUAUCUAUAUAUCAUAGUCUUUUCUAUUUAAACUAAAUCUUAUUUUUACGUAGAUUUUUUUAAUUUUUGAUUUCAUCAUAGUUUUUUUUAUUUAAAUUUUCCUUCAUUACUUCACAAGUGUAAGAAAUCAUGUUUUAACAUACAGCUUCAAAAUAUAACUUUGUACAGUAGAUUUUACUGAACACUUGUCUAAUAAAUUAAUUAUUUGUAAAUUAGAUUGGUCAAGUUCUUAUCAGUAUUUCAUUAAAAGGGAAAAAUGGGAAAAAAUACUGUUAACUUCUAAGACUUUUUCCGUAUGCUCUAUAAAUAAGCUGUAUAGAUGUUCCUUUUGCUCUCAGAAUUAGCUUUAUAGACUUUACUUUGAUUUCAAUACUAAGCAAAUGGUAAUAAAAACUGACACUACUUAUAAGACUUUUUGCCAGAUAAUAUUCUAUUUCUCACAAGUACAGCAAUGUACAACAAUCUGUUUCUCACAAGUACAGAAAUCUAUUUCUCGCUAUGCUUCUUGGUGAUGGAAAAACUGAAUUAGUAGCAUAACUGUGAUACAUUAUUUAAUGUUUUAUUUUAUAGAAUAGUGCUUUGUUUUGUGAAGUACUUUGACACAAAUGUUUAUGAAGCCUUCUGCCAUUAUGUAUUCUUUAGCUGUAUAUAAAGGUAGUGCAGUCUAACAAAAUAAACAACCACGCUGCUAUGCAAGUUUGAACCUUUGCUGACAGGUGUGGUGCGAGUUCUGUCCCUUGUUUCUCUGUGUUCUGUGAGAAUCUAACUUGUUUAUGUCAGAUUUGUUUGUGGUUCUGUCGUAAUUGGCUGUCUGUUUUACAGAUACAGGACUUGGUUCACCACUAUUAUCAGCCUGAGUCUGUUAUUGAUUUAAGGAAGUCGGACUCAAUUGGUGCAUUCUGUCUGUAGCAAUGAAUUAUUUUUACUCAACUUUCGCAGAUUACCAGUAUCUUUUGGAAAGCAACAUUGUUAGGAGCUCUGAUCGUAGAAAAUUCAGAUAUCGAUGAUAAUGUUUUCAUCUGAAUUAUAAAGUUCUGAUGUUAAUUAGAAAGUUAUUAUCUUAAUUAAAGUUAUUAAUUAGACAUUUCUUGUCUUUAUUAAACAAUUCUGAUCUUUAUUAUAGAGUUAUCAUAUGUUCUUGCAUGUAUUUAGAAAUUGAUGAUCGCGAUAAAACCAAGUUCCGAACUGAAUUAUAUAGUUCUGAUAAUUCAAAAACUAAAUUGCGGGUAUUCUUUUUUUAUUUAAAUUGACACUGAAUGCUAUUAUGAAAUAUUAUCUAUGCAGUCAAUAGUCUUGUACAGACCUUAUAACUUCGGAUGUAUUAGUCAUCAUCUAUUUAACUUUUACUGAUUUAACACAUUAAAAUAAAUACCAAUAGGAACAACAUAUCGUGAUUACUUCUACUAUUGUCAUCGUUUUAGUUAGAGUUGUCUCCCCUCGACUGCUACAGUCCUCUACCUAAUACAGUGCACAUUGACUACAUUGAGUAACCCUUAAAUUGUUUGACGAAGAAUGGCAUUGUUUUAAUUUAAUGCAUAUCAUUUUUUUUUCAUAAUUUGGAUUUGUGUUGUGUUUGUUCGCUUGCCAUACGUUUGUGUUAUAUCUAGUAAACAAUGAUAUUAAUUGUCCUAGUUAAUGCAUGCAUGCCUAUGUUGAUAAACGUUGUUUGUCCUAUCAGGGGAUGUCAUCUGUACUGCUCAUACUAACACUGUAAUAUAACGAGUAUGUAACUCUGCCGUUAUUAUCACAUUUCCUAACCCGUAUUACUUUAAACCAGUACAAAUCCGUGUUCCUUUGUAGUUAUCUUUAUACUCCUGGAGGUAGUUAUAAACAUUUUUUUGUCUGGCUAUAUUUUAUCCCAGUUUAAACAUCUUUAGUGUUUCUUUUCCUUGUCUGAUUCUAACUCUUUAUGUUACUGUUCGAACCCUACUGUUCUACUGUUUGAGCUGGUAAUCUGUUUCGUUGCAUUCUUGUGCAGUUCAUUCAAUCUUUCUUUUCAUAAAUUCAAUUGCAAGUUGUAUAUAAAGAGGGAUGUAGUCAUGAAUUGAACUGGGUUUACACUGUACACCAUUAAUGUAAGGUGUGAUAGGAAUUUGGGUACAGUUCAUAGACCAAUGAAUUCAGUCUAUGUGUACAGAUAAAGAUUGGAGUGAAGUUCACAGAGUAAUGAUUGAAAGGCAGUUCAUAAACUGAUGAAUUUAAGUCUAUGCCCUUUAUAAACCAUCUGUCAAAUUAAUUAAAAUGUAUUUCUUAUGCUAACGAAUUGAAUGACAUACAGAGGAGGUGUACAGAAUAGGUAUGAUGUAAUCUUACGUCUUACUUGUAUUAAUGAGUGUGUGAUUAAUCUGAUCUUAAUAAUAACCAGCAGUGACCGUCAUCUGACGGUUUCUGAUUCUCGGCUUAAUUCGAAUGCAAACAUCAAUUAAAACUUGUUCAAAAUGCA